GUAUUCAUUUUUACAGUUAGCAGGUUUAAAAUGGCGAAAAGGGAGGCUUUGAUUAUCAUCGCAUUUGCGUCGUUGAUUUACUGCAGUGAAUUGGAAGAUAGCGAGCAGAAGAAACGAGGAGUUGGAAAAGCAACAGCAUUAAAUUCGAUCCCCACCGGUGCUCAAAAGCAAGAAUAUAGUUACAGUGUGUACUCUCAAAAUUCUCAAAGCCCGUCGAGUCAAUCCUAUCAAAGUCAGGUGUCUAGCUCAUUUUAUCCGAAUCAAGCUAGCAGUCAGUAUUAUUCAUCGUCUAACCCAUCAACAGAUGCACCAUCGACGUACUCCAGUCAGCAUGCAUCACCUCAGAGCACAUCUCAAUUUGUUCCACUGAAUUUCGUCCCCAAUCCAGGCUAUCAAACAAAGUAUCAAACAGUACCAUCUAAAUCCCCAAAUGUCCAGUUAGCGAUUGUGCCGCACAACACAUACCCAUCACAGUCAAUUGUACCAUAUCACCAACUUGCCCCAUCUCUAUUCUCACCUAACUCUGCAAAUCAGGCCAACCCACAGCAAGCUUCUGUGCAUUCAAUUCCUCAAUUCAAUGUACCUGCAAAUUACCAGCAUCUACAACUUGCAAAUCCCUAUUUAAGCCACCCUUCGACGAUGGUGCUCCUCGCUCAACCAAAUCCUUCGAUUUACAGUAAUUUACUUUAUCAAAACCCAAUUCAAGGGUUGUACAACUAUUAUCCUUCUAAUACCCACAAUAAAUAUAGUGCGUAUCCUUCUUCUACGCAGACUGAGUAUCAGAAUGUCCCGAAAGAAGAGAAUGAAGUAGGUACACAGAAUACCGAUUAUAGCUCUUCGGAUUCUAGUUCUAGUUAUAAAAAUGCAUACUCUAGCCGAAAUUCAUUUGGAAAGUUGCAAUGA